AACGCGUUUACCCACCGUCGUUUCACGUUGAACGCGUUUGACCAAGAUCCGCAUGGCCAGCAUCGUCGUGGCGCUUCUGGCAAGCGUCGCCGCCGCCGACCCGUACCUCGUCGAGUGUUUUUGCAACACGACUGUGACGUCACAAGUGAGCGUCAUGACGUCAGCGACGGCCGAGAGCACGACGACCGCGGUAUUGGCGCUGCCGAGCUGCCUCAACGACGUCUUUGGCACGACUGGCAUCCGGUGGUACGUCAACGGGCCGUUCGACGCCGCCGUCACGUACUGGCCGACAAAGACCGUCGAGUACAACGGCGACCGCGCCGCGAUGCGUCUCAUUCGGCUCGGGUACCGCUGCCAAAAAACACAGCUGGUCGACGCGAGUGCGCUCACUUAGACGAUGUAGAUAAGGAUGGCAUUGCGUUCUUAGCGG